CCAACAAGAACUUCAAUGCAAUUGCAGCUUUAACCGUAAUAUUCUGAGGAACAUGGUCACGUGAUCAUUUCGAAUUACAUCAUUCGUCUCCAUUGAGUGUUGGUCUUCUCCGUCAAAUAGGAUUCUCUUCUAGAGAAAUAAUAAAUGUUCGAAAUGCUAUAAAACAACCAUGGUGGUGAAUGAGCAGUAAUGGUGUCCAGAAGCCGAUGGACUGGCGGAUUGUUUAUUCUGUUGGCAACUCUGACAGCAACUGCCCUACAGAAUGCACCAGCACCCACUGCAGGAGCAGUCCAUAGCCACAAAAAAAUUGCAGCCAACAAAUCCCGCAAGCGGCAGGAAAUUAUAUUUCUCCGAGAUGACCUAACACGCAAGAGAAACCGGGAAGAAGAUACAAUGGCAAACAUAGAAAAACAUGGAAAAAGCGUGACCGCCGAGGGAUAUGUUUUUAAAGGAGGUCCAAUUACUUAUAAUUAUGACGAUUCGCCAGGUUAUCAAGGACCUGCACUAAAGGGGCAAUCUGUUAAGAAAGAUCAUGGGCCACCUGAAAUCCAAGAGAAUCAGAAGAAAAGCGAUGCUUAUGAGGUUGUGUCCGAAAAUGGUGAUAGUAAAAACACUGACACAGUCAGCGACGGAGACGAUCAGGAACUGAAAGUAGUGAAAGUGGAACAUCCUCGUGUCAGAGCACAUGAUUAUGGCAGACAUUCAUCUCAUUACAGAGGACAUCACAAAUCCGGACUUCACAUUGUUUCUAUUGAUGAUAACGAUGAAACUAAUGAUAAAGAUUAUGACGAAAAGAUAUCGCGAGAUAAAGACUUGAGACUUUACGGGUCUAUUGGAUCGCCUUCUCCAAACUCUGUAGGACAUGAAUCGCGCAAAAUACAUCAUUCGAUUUAUCAUGAUGAGUUUCUUCCUUCAAAUAUUGUGUCUUUAUCCCAAGAUGAUUUCGCUGGCCCCUUGCUAAGAGGUGCUGGUCACUCCACCGAGGAAUUUUUUCCAAGUUUUAAAAGACGAGAUUCUUUAUUGUUUUCUGAACCUUCUCAAUUACAACAAACGGAGGAGAUAAUGCAACAACAGUUUGCACCCGUGAACCCGAAAUCGAUGUCAUUUGGUGAACGACCGGAUAUGCUUUUGCUUCCAAUAUAUAAUGGUUAUGCAGGUACAAGUCCCACGGUUGUUCCCUUCACCACUCGGAGAACUUUUCCUUCAUCCAUGUCUCAGCUAGCAUCUGCUCCUAUCGAUUAUUCACCAUCUUCAUCAACGGCGAACCUUGGUAACGGACUUUCACUGGAGCCGGCCUUUCAGGUUCCUCAAGUGCAAACGCCAUCUGUAAGUUCGCCUUACAUUCUACCAUCGGAGACUGAAGAAGAGAUUUUGUUUAACAAUCAGCAGCCUGAUAUACGAUCACUUUACUCUCUUCAGGCUCAGUCACAAAUACAAAUCCCCCAGAGCAACUUUCCACAUUUGGAACAACCACAACAGCCCAUCAUUUCAAGUGGAAUGCAAAUGAAUCCUUCUAUUCUUUCUUUGGUUGGUCAACGGGAGGUCGGUCCAGCGCAUCGGUGGGUGGACGAGGAUGGGCGCCAACGCAGUGAAGUCUUGGAUCGUGGCACGGAAGGACAAGAUGAUAACAGGUCCCACGAUGACGGAAACGAGGGUGAUCAUGACGAGGAUGACGAAGAUGAUGAAAGAGACCCAAAUAGCAGAUACCCCGGGAAAGGUGACAGCCCCAGUCCAGACGAAGGUGAUGAAAGAUACCCAAAUAGCAGAUACCCCGGUAAAGGUGACAGCCCCAGUCCAGACGAAGGUGAUGAAAGAUACCCAAAUAGCAGAUACCCCGGUAAAGGUGACAGCCCCAGUCCAGACGAAGGUGAUGAAAGAUACCCAAAUAGCAGAUACCCCGGUAAAGGUGACAGCCCCAGUCCAGACGAAGGUGAUGAUGACGGGGCUGAAGAAAACCUUUCAGAGGAAGACUCCGAAGACGAUGAUGAAGCCGACGAGGAGACGUCUAACUACUUCAAUGAUAGAAUGUAUGGGUCUAAAGAAACAGGGGACUACCGUGGUCCAGAUGCUCAACCUACUGAACAAAACGACGAGGACGAGGAUGAAGAAGAAGACCCAGAACCUUCCCAAGGCUUAUCGCCACAUGCAAAGAUACGACCAUCCAAAUAUAAUCUAGCGGCUCGUUUCAUGGCGUCAAGUCGCUAUUUCCCUAGGUUUCCUCCUCCUCCGGAAACGUCAAAUCUUAUGGCUGCCCAAGCAUUUUCAAGGUAUCAGUUGAUGUCUCCUUCCUCCGCCCUCAAGGAGAAUAUCCUACCUAAACCAGUGGAGAACCCAAAACCCUCUUCAAGCCUCCCCAACGCCAAUUCAGACCUCAAAAUCUCUCAGAUGAGUCCUGCUGAAGCUCAGUUUUAUGAAAACAAGGUAGCAAUGGAACCAAACUUCACACCAUCAAUUGCUUCAAAAGACACCAUUCCUGGAAAAUCUCGUCGAUUUCGAGUUGGGCUUGGUAAGGUGCUCAUCCGACUGAACGGUAAACCUUUGGAGGACUCCUCUCAAUUGCGGAGUAAAAUAGAAAACGGACAGAUCAUACAAGGUAAAGGAAAACUCAUCAAAUCCAAAGGUCCAGUGCGCGUUAAACUUUCUCAUACCAAGGAUUCAAAACACCUGAAGAUAAUAGAUAUCAUAGCCCCAAAACAAUAUGAGGUGUAUGAUACCAAAAGUAAGAUCAGAACACCCAUUAAUUCCACAUAAUUUAAAGGUUAUCCUAUUUCGUGCCAAGGAAAAACCGAUAAAACGCCACGAAAUGUAAUGAAUGACAUAUAAUGUAUGCAGUGUGAAAUAUGCGCACAUCGCAGCUUGGGAGCACAAACCACAGCUGAAUCUACUGUAAACUAUCCGUAAAGCAAUGCAUGUCAGGGUAAAUUAAGUGCAACCGAUUGAAACGGAGUAUCAACAUGUACAGAACACUUAACUUAAACUGAAUGUGAAGGUGAAGAAAUGCGGUUUUUUAUCCAAAUCGUAUAAAUGCUACAGCCAUAAGGUCGUUUCACUUGCUCUCACGUGGCUCAACUUCCCCCCACCCUUUUUCUGUACAAUGCUCUGUUUGGUUCUUUGUAAAAUCCCUCACAAUUAAAAGUUUUUUCUCCUUUUUAAUUAACAGCGAAACCUUAGUUGCAAAGCUAAGAUGCCAUGCAAGAGGUAUCCCGUGGUCGAAAUUUUCAAUCAUUACUAUAUUACGUUGUUAAGCUUCAAGUAAUCUUUGUUACGUUUGAAAGAGGUAACAACCGCCGAAAAUGCCGGUUUUAUACGGUAGAUUCUACGCAUUUGUAGCAUGAGAAACCAAGUACUAUCGCAUGUUGUUGUUUCGUGGUAGCAUGUUUUUGCAAUGAGGUAACAGGCAUUAUAAUCCAUCAAGUAUUUUUCAAAA